CCUUCAUGCACAUCGCUCUCGAGAUGACCACCUCUGGUCUUAAUAUCCUAGCGUUCACUAUGCCGCGGCAUUUUGCAUCCUUCUUCCCUUGGCAUGCCAAAGCCCUGUCCGCUAGGGCCCUGACCUUAUCAGACGGGGACCAAGCUUCCUUUACCCAGACCUGUCGAGGCCAAAAUAAUACUUACCCACCGUGACGCGCUUCUUCUAUGCUCCAUUGAGCAUUACUGCACCCCUCGCUGUCUUUGUCUAUUCUGUUUCCACUCCCACUAUACUAUACUCGCUCCACAUUUUGCAGAUGCAACAUUGCAGAGUACCGCAAUAACACCACCUCUUUUAUACCUAUCCCACCAUGGCCCUCUCUCCAUCCACCACUACCGCUACCGCCACCACCCAGCCCAUUGAGGCAGACAAAGUCCAAGGCACCACCACCAACACUUCCACCACAACAUCCACCACUGCUGCCACAGUCAACAACUCCGCUGCUGCUGCUCCAAGGAAGCGAAGAAGAAGAGCUCCUGCCACUGGAGCCACCGAAGACUGUUUUGCCUGCAAGAAGCGUCAAGUCAAGUGUGAUCGACGCCGUCCCUACUGUGGACAGUGCGUCGAGAUUGGAAAAGAAUGCUCUGGUUACCGUACCACUCUAACAUGGGGCGUGGGUGUAGCUAGCCGUGGAAAGCUUCGUGGCAUGACCCUGCCCGUUGCAAAGUCUCCUCCCUCCACUACCACACAGGAACCCAAGACACAACGCAUGAACUCCAUUGCUUCGACUAGCACCUCAUCUGUCUCCUCAGGUUCCCACCAAGAUCAACAUCACUUUGGCCACCGAGCCAGUAUCGACUUUGGCGCCCACUCUCCGAGGAGUCCUACCAGUCCCAUCUACUCCGCGCCACAGGAAUACCAAUACUUCAGCCCCACCAGCCCAAUACCCAUUCCCACCCCCUCUACGCCAAUGGGCUUUCCCAUGCAGCAACAUCGAGACCAGUUUGAAUUCCUGCACCCACAGGCUUCCAAAUUCAGGCAUCACCAGCCCCAUCGAGGUCCCCUCCAACGGUUACAAACCACACUGCAUGUUCCUUUUGAAGACAACGGCAUGUCGGCUUCAUCCGCCUCCCUGGGUACCUACAGCGACAGUGACUUUCCCUCACCAAGCGAGUUCCCAAACACCCCAGUCGAUGAGUACCCCUUUGCAGAUCCCUCAAUGCCACGCUACCCAUCAUAUGACCACGCCCCUAUGGGUUCCCUGGACAACUACUUCCUCAACGAAGCCCCUCGCUCAUUCCCCACUGGGGAUGACAUGAGCUCCAGUGUAAGCUCGGAUCAAAGUCUACAAGACUAUCCCGAAGUCAGCACGGCCCCGCAAAGCAUGGGCCCUAUUGUCUUUCAAGAUGUUUUUACCGAGGGAGAGAUGAGCUCGAAUUUCAAUGGAUUUCAGCCUGGCUUUUCCUUUCUCCCGUCGGAGGGUAUGUCUUCCUAUGGCUCUGGCCCCCUGUCUCAAGACGUACUGUCGCUCACCACUUCUAUUCCCCAGAGUCUUACCAUCGCUUCGCCUCUUUCCCCGCGGAUGCUAUUCCUCCUGGACUACUACGACAGAUUUAUAUGCCCGGUGCUGGUGGCUUUUGACAGCCCACAGAACCCCUACCGGAUGCACAUAAUACACUUGGCCAUGCAGAACGAGGAGCUGCAGAAUGCCAUUGGCGCUUUGGCUACGAACAACAUGCGCAUGCGCGGGGGUAUCGAGGGACGCCGCGUUAGCGUGCUUCACGACACACGACUGAUACCAGAUCACGCCUACUCACAAAUGACGACCAAGGAGUUGCGCGAGAUGCAUGGCGAAGCGACCGACGAAGAGAAGCACUACAAGGCCAACUCUAUCACUCUGCUCAACAAGAAGCUGAUCGACUUUGAUGGAUCGCAGGACGAUUCUGUACUCGCUACGCUUCUUAUUCUCUGCCUCUUUCAUGUUUGCGACUCUGGCUUCACAAAGUUCAAAACACAGCUUGCAGGCGUGCAGAAGCUUCUGAGCUUGCGCGACCGGAGCAUCCAGUCGGAGUUUGUCGGAUGGAUUGAGACCUUCUUCACUUGGUUCGAUGUCAUGACGGCAGCGGUGAACGACCGGGAGAUUGAGGUCCGUGGUGACUCGCUUGACAUGAUGAACCUGAGUGCCAAUCUGGGUGCGCUAGAACACCACUCUGGCUGCGAGGGCCGACUCUUCAAACUCAUUGCUCGGCUUGGAAGGCUCAAUCUUCUCAGCCAGAACCGGCCUGUACGCGACAACGACGACACGCCUACAUCGUCACCGCGGCCUAAGAAGGUCAAGGAUUUUUAUUCUUUUAGUUUUGACAACAUGGACGGUAAUGGUUGGGGCACGCCUAUUAACGAGUAUGUCGAUCCCUUCGCAUCGGCUCGCGACGAUCCUCGCUCUGCGUUCUGGACUGAGUGGAACGAUCUGCGGAUCCGGCUGCAAGAGUGGGAGUUUCCAUCACCUGGAGAAGUGCAUUCGAAUUCAUGCGACGCAACAUCGUCGAUGCUUGUCAUGUCUCCAGAGCAAGCUGCGUUGCUCCACAUUAGCGAGAGCUUCCGCUAUGCAGCACUGCUCUACACUGAGCGCCUUGCGCAGCCAACGCUCCCACCAUCGUCAUUGAAUUUCCAGAAUUUAGUAGCGCAAGGGCUCUAUCACAUUUCGCAGAUUGGCAUGACGAGCUGCGUCAACAAGUUUCUCCUGUGGCCACUGUUUAUCGUGGGCACAGAGUGCGUUGAUCCCGAGCACCGCGCGGUUGUACGACAACGAUGCGUGGAGAUUCAACGCGAGAGCGGCUUCUUCAACAACCUCAGCGGGCUAGAAGUGCUAGAGCGGGUAUGGCGCGAGGACGACGAGUGGUCAGAUGGUGAUGCCCACGUGCCAAGGCAAAACGGGCCUUUUAGCACAGUGCAACAUCCGUUCCGAUGGAGGAGAGCCAUGGAUCGCGUGGACGGGGAGUACAUUGUGAUUUGAUUUGGGUUGAGCUUGCUGGAUACAAGCAGUACGAAGGCUACGACGAAGAAACGUGCAUGAAAAACAUUAUGAUUGGGGGUUUGGGCAUGCAUGGACUGGGUGGAAAAGGUAAUAGGUUUUCGGCCCUGUGAGGAGUUUAUUUUUAUUUUCCUUUCUAUUUUGUGUGUAGCGAUAUUCCAAAGGGCGAUAUUUUUCGCAGGCUCAGUUGCAAGCCGCAGUGCAUGGAGCAAAAGCUUGUAGAUGCAUACCCAGAUACGUAGUAAACGAGUUCAACAAAAUGUAUUACUAGUCAGACCCCACGUUCGAGAUGAAGGAUGGUUGUGCUAGG